AUGAAUGGUUUGUUAACACGAAGGAUUUUGAAUCUACACGUUAUCCGGCUUCGCGCCAGUUCGUCCGCAGUUUUGGAAACAAGGAGAUUUCCGCAGAAAAAAUCGAGCCCGGUUUCGGAAAAAGUCGAACAUAAUAGAAAAACUUUUGGUAAUUUUGAAAUCAGUUGGACACAGAGAACAACAAAUGGAUCAUCCAAUGGAAAUCAAGAAAAUCAAAACAAAAACGGAGAUAAAGAAGAUCCAGACAAAAAACGAAGAGAUGAACUUAUUGCAAAAAUGAAACGAUAUUUUGCAAUCUCCUUGUUUGCUUAUGGAAUACUUCUACUAUUUGGUCCAAAAAAUAAUGGAGCAAAUGCUCAAAAAUUGUCAUGGAGUGAGUUCAUCAAUGAAUUAUUACCUACCGGACAAGUUUAUCGAAUUAUUGUUUUCCCGGAAAAAGACACAGCCUUUUUGUAUUUAUAUGACACUGGAGCAAAGAAUUCGAGAGGUGAAGCAAUUUCCAGUUUAUAUCAAGUUGGAAUUCCAAGUGUUUCACGAUUCGAAUCAGAAAUUCGAGCAGCUGAAUUAGCUUUGGGACUUCCACCAGAACAUUGGACAAAUAUUGAAUAUCGAAGAUCUGAAAAUAUCAGCCAAUGGCUCACUUUAAUCUUCUUGGGUGGUCUUAUAAUCGGUGGAUAUUUCCUGUUCAAAAAGUUUAAAGGAUCAUUCAAUAUGUCUGAUAUGAUGUCAAAUAUGACAAAAGGAAAAUAUACUGUUAUUGAUCCACAUAGUGCAGAAGGAAAGAAACAAUUGAAAAUAAAGUUCAAGGAUGUUGCAGGAUGUACGGAAGCCAAAGUUGAGAUUCGUGAAUUUGUAGAUUAUUUGAAAAAUCCAGGACGAUUCACGGUAAGAAUUAUAUAUUUUUUAGAAUAAAAAAGAAAAACAUUUUUCAGAAACUUGGCGCUAAAUUACCACGUGGCGCUUUGCUAACUGGUCCUCCUGGAUGUGGUAAAACACUUAUUGCAAAAGCCCUUGCUGCUGAAUCAACAGUUCCAUUUAUAUCAAUGAAUGGAUCUGAAUUUGUGGAAGUUAUUGGAGGACUUGGUGCAUCAAGAAUUCGUGGACUUUUCAAAGAAGCUAGAAGUCGUGCACCAUGUAUUAUUUAUAUUGAUGAAAUUGAUGCAAUCGGUCGAAAAAGAUCAGAAGGAAAAGGUGGAAGUGGAAUGGGUGGAGGAUCUGGUGAAGAAGAACAAACAUUGAAUCAAUUAUUAGUUGAAAUGGAUGGAAUGGGAAGUGGAAAUGGUGUUGUUGUAUUAGCAAGUACAAAUCGAGCUGAUAUUCUUGAUAAAGCAUUACUUCGACCUGGUCGAUUUGAUCGACAUGUAUCGAUUGAUUUGCCAACUUUGAUUGAGAGAAAAGAUAUGUUUGAAUUGUAUAUGAGGAAAAUCAAAUUGGAUAUGGCGCCAUCGGAUUAUUCGCAAAGAUUAGCUCAAUUAACACCUGGAUUUAGUGGAGCUGAUAUUAUGAAUGUUUGUAAUGAAUCAGCAAUUCGAGCAGCUAGUAAUAAAGCUAAAAUUGUCACAAUUAAAGAUGUUGAAUAUGCACUUGAUCGUGUUUUAGCAGGUGAGAAAUUUUGAGAAAAAAUCAUGUGAAAAUGUUAUGCUAAAAGUUUAGAUUAUGGUUUUUCUUGAGAGAACAUUCAAUUUUAAAAGUUUAACGGAAUUUUCCUAACAUUCAUAUUUUUGUAGUGUAAUUUCUUCUCAAAUCCACAUAAAAUCAAUUUUAAAGCCAAUAUGCAUGAAGCGGAUUCACUAUUAAAAAAUCUGAAUAAUAUUUUUCAGGAUCUGAAAAACGAAGCCGUUCUCUAGUGGAAGAAGAACGUGAAGUUGUUGCUUAUCACGAAGCUGGACAUGCUUUGGUUGGUUGGAUGCUGGAACAUACUGAUGCACUUCUCAAAGUAACAAUUAUUCCUCGAACUUCAGCAGCUCUCGGUUUUGCACAAUAUAGUCCCCGCGAUAAGAAACUAUUCACAAAAGAAGAGCUUUUCGAUAAAAUGUGUAUGAUGUUAGGUGGAAGAGUUGCUGAAAAUAUCAAAUUUGGAAGAAUUACUACAGGAGCACAAGAUGAUUUGCAAAAAGUGACAAGAUCUGCGUAUGCUCAAGUUAAGAUUUAUGGAAUGAGUCAGAAUGUUGGACCAUUAUCAUUUCCGAAUACCGAUGGAUUUAAUAUUAAACCGUAUAGCAAGAAAUUUGCAGCUGUUUUUGAUCAAGAAGCUUCGCAAAUUGUAGCGACUGCGAAUAAUGUUACAACUAAAUUGAUUUUUGAUAAUAUCGACAAACUUGAAACUGUGAGUUUAUUAUCAAAGAGUUUAUGUUCAAUGAGCUAAAACUGAGUUUUAGGUAAAAUAUUCAGCCUUUCCAUGUCAUAAUUUUUGUUCGAUUUUUCAAUGUUUUCCUAAUUCUGUAUAUUUUUUUUCGCUUUCAAAAUUUUCAGAAGCUCAUUAUAAAUACCUCUCUUGUACUUAAAACUCUAAUGUUUUUUUCCAGAUUGCUCAAGAAUUGCUGAAACGUGAAGUUUUGAAUUACGAGGAUGUCAAAAAACUGAUUGGAACCCCGAAAUUUGGCGAUAAACAUCUAAUUGAUAUGGUCGAAAAUAUAUUACCCAAAGAUGAUCAAUAA